GUCGUGUGUUGUAGUGAUUGGCGUUGGUGGGAAUUGUAAGUUUUUGUAAAUAUCAUAGAAUAAACAUCUACUUUUUGCUCUGUCUUGCAUCUCUAGCUAUUAUCAUAGACUGUGCAUGCAUGCAGGAAUAACAGUAUUUUUUAAACAGAAAAUGUAUUUCAGCAUCAACAGUCCAGUAUGAAAGUGUUUCCGUAAUUGAAGAUCCAAUGUUUCUGCCUCCAGCCUGCGAUAACGAAGGCUUAGCGGAACAAUUCUUCAGUAUGGUCUUCACUGAGCUGAAUCCGUCACCACCAGCAUGCGUUUGUGUACAAAUGUGUCAAAAUUUAACAGUAUACUGUUUUCCUCAUGAGUGUAUGAAAAUUCAAGAUAAAAAGGAUAUAAUUACAAACAUAGACCUGAAAACAGAAACUAACAGGACAGAAAAACCAUUGCCAAUACAUGAUAAUGAAAUUUCUCGAGAACAAAGUGACCCUUUCGUUUAUAAUGUUGACGAGAAAAGAGCCAAAAUACCUGAUUCUGAAAAACUACAGUUUGAGUUUGAUACUCACUCUAUAAAGGGUAAUCCAAUGAAAAAACCAUUAAGUGGAGAGAAUGAUAUGAAAGAAAGAUAUAGGAAAAUGCUAACCCUGAAAAGAAUUCCCAAAAUUGAACUGCGCUAUAAUAUGAAAGAGCAAAUUGAUAAAAAGAUACAUAAACAUAAAAAUCACAGCCAUAUUUUACAACAAUCUCAUUUUUCUGCCGAUUUGCCAACUCAAGGACCAUUAGACACACUGUUUAGUUUAAAUCUUGCAAACAGUAAAGCUAAUACAUAUUAUUAUAACAAUGACGUUAUUCUAAAGCGGUCUGCUAUUUAUAACACUAAAGACAGUAAAAAAGGUAAAUAUGAAAAAAUCGCCGUUGGAAAGCUCCUCAAUUCAUUAUUUGUGACCGGAAAGAAAAGAUUGAAAUACAACAAAUACAUAAAAAGACAAAAAUUGAGCUUCGAUGCUAACAAACUACAAAAUCAAUCAUUUGAUCUUGUUAAAAUACCAAAAAGGUUUAUGUGUUCUAAAAAUGUUUUUCAUUUAUUUGACAAAACUACAAAAAAUAUGCACAAACCAAAAAGCGAUUAUUAUUCAAAUAAACUUUUAUCUAUGCUGAAAUAUAUAACGACGACUGAAAAAAUACAUAGUCGGCAAGAACAUAAGAAAGUUGGGUUCAUAGAUUCAGUUACAGAAUCAGAUGUCAAAAUAAAUAGAGACAUUUUAAAAGCUCAAGGUACCAAACAAAAGUCACAAAGAAAUGUAAAAGUUACCAAAAUAACCAAAAGUAAAAAAGUUUUAUAA